AUGGUAGAACAGCGACGCCGAGUCGAGUACUUGAUUCCUCAUGCACAGUUCUUUCUGAUCCGUGGUGCCGAGCAAAGGAGGAGCAAAUACUUUGCUCGAAAAGAACCUCCAUUCGAAAUGGACGAGGAUGAGUAUGGACUAGUGUUUAAUGAGGUCACCAUCGACAGCGAAGACCUUCGUGUCAUGCGCGACUCAAUCGAUCAGAUGCAGCAACAGUUGAGUCGUGGUCUGAAGAAUCUCAAGGAGCUCCGCGCUUUGGUGAAAGAAGCAGUAAGGGAGCAAGAUUAUCAUUCGACGGGCAGACACAGAACGAUAACAACAGCAAUAGCCAAAGACUUGUAG